CGGUCGUGCCCGCCCCGGCGGGCGGUGAGGCCUGAGGGCGGGGUGAGGUGCGUGGGUCUCGGCCCUGAGGGAGCGGCGGCGGCGGCGCCCGCAAGAUGCCGGGACUCGUGCUGUUCGGCCGGCGCUGGGCCAUCGGCAGCGACGACUUCGUGCUCCCGGGGGCCUUCGAGCUGUUCGUCAGGCUGGUGUGGUGGAUUGGGAUCCUUGUCCUUUACGCGGUUCACAAGGGGCAGUUUAACUGUCCCGGGGGAGGAUUGCUGCACAGCUACCUGCUCGGCCUCAUCAUUCUUCUGGCUUCCAUAAUAUGUGCAUUAUUUGCUCUUGUAUACGUCAGUAUGCAAGGAACAAUUUCUAAUCCAGGCCCAAGAAAAUCACUUCCCAAAAUACUUUAUACUCGCCUGCUUCUCUAUUUCCCUGAAUUCAUCUGGGCUGUUGUAGGAGCUGUGUGGGUGUCAGACAACAGCGUGCAGUGUGAGAAGACUGUGAUAAAUGGCGUCAUGGGGACAGUUAUUGCAAGCUGGAUUAUCAUCAUCUUCACCAUCAUUGGAGUUGUCAUUGUCUUUGACCCCCUCGGGGGGAAGAAGACGUUCUACCUGCCCGACGGUGUGAGCCGCAACCUGGAGAGCAGCCAGUCGGGGCAGCUGCUGUACAACGUGAAGAGCUCUGCCACCAGGGUGUGGGAGAAGAGGAUCAGGCUGCUGUGCUGCUGCAUCGUGCAGGACGACGACCACCGGGUGGCUUUCACCAGCAUCGCCGAGCUCUUCCGCAGCUACUUCAGUGACACUGAUCUGGUGCCAAGUGACAUAGCAGCUGGUUUGAUUCUGCUUCAUCAAGAACAAGAUAAAAUGGAAAAUUGCCCCAAAGAUCCUGAAGAAGUCCUCUGUCAUUCUCCAUCAUCUCUUGUGACCAAUGAUUUGGAUGUUGAGCUGGAGAAUGCUGCUCACUACAUGCUGUUUGCUGCAGCUGCCUAUGGCUGGCCCUACUACGUGUACACCAACCCAUAUACUGCACUCUGUAAGCUCAAUGGUGACUGUUGCAGAAAUAGACCAACAGAUUCUGAUAUAACGGGCAGUGAUCGUCAUAACUUUCACUUUGGAUCCAUCCUAAAAAUAACAGGACUGCAGUACAGAGACUUCAUUCAUAUCAGUUUUCAUAACAAGAUCUAUGAGAUUCCAUUUUUUGUUGCUUUGGAUCACAAAAAAGAAGCUAUUGUGGUCGCCGUGAGAGGAACCUUGUCUUUUGAGGACAUUCUCACUGACCUGUCAGCGGACUGCGAAGACCUGACACUGGAGGAGGUUCUGGAGAAUGGCUUUGUGCAUAAGGGAAUAACUCAAGCUGCAAAUUACAUCUAUCGAAAACUAAUAAAUGAUGGAAUUUUAAACCAGGCUUUCACAAUUGCUCCAGAAUAUAAACUUGUGAUAGUUGGUCACAGUUUGGGUGGUGGGACAGCGUCUAUCUUGGCCAUCAUGCUCAGGAACUCCUUCCCCACACUGAGGUGUUACGCCUUCUCUCCUCCAGGAGGGCUCUUAAGCAAAUCACUUGCAGAUUACACUAAGCACUUCAUUGUUUCAGUCAUUGUUGGAAAAGACCUUGUUGCAAGGUUAAGUAUGCCCAACAUGGAGGAUUUAAAGAGAAGAAUAGUGAGAAUUGUGGCAAACUGCAACAGGCCCAAGUACCAGAUCUUGCUGCGGGGGUGUUGGUACGAGGUAUUUGGAGGAGAUCCUGAUGACUUCCCAACAGAGCUGGAUGGAAGGAACCAGGAUGCCCUGACCCAGCCCCUCCUGGCUGAGGAGAGUUUAAUGGUUCAUCGGUCGCCUUCGUACAACGCCCUUGAGGAGGAGCCACACUUGAAUUCACCCCCUCAGUAUCCUCAUCUCUAUCUGCCUGGAAGGAUUAUCCACGUUGUUGAAGAAUGCAGCUCUAGGAGCUGCUGAAGUGAGGACUUUAAACACAAACUUGGCAAGUUCAGCUUUGCCAGGUGGCAGUUUCUGCCCGAGACUGCAGAUCUGCAGUGUGUCCUGGUAGAGGUGGAGUGGUAACAAAUACCUCAUUACUGAGCAGUCCACGAAUGCUGGUGAUUAGAAAGAGGUGCAGUACUGCCUGUAGUGCUGCCCCAGCCACGCUGGAGGGCUGCAGCUGCCCCAGGACCCAGUGUGUGCCCACAUAGUCUAUAGUUUUUCCUAUCUUUUGCUGCUUUUCUGUGGAUGCAGGAAGCUGAGACAAUGACACCAGAAAGCUGAAACUGCUGGAAGGGUGAGGAUUGUGGCUUUGUUGAGGCAGUGUUGUGUUCAGGGCUUUUUUUUGUGUGUUUUUUUGUUUAUGUUGGGUUUUUUAGACAAAGCAACCUGAAACAGCCCAUAAGCCAGGAAGCCCUGAUAGCCUCUCGUGUUCUGAAACAGAAAUCAGAGCAUUUUUAACUUGCACAAUACUAUCUUACAGAAGAAAAGAGAAAUUGCCCCUUACAGAGAGGGGAAAAAAGGAUUGGAGAAGAAAUUCACUUCUUUCCUCCCAUUCAGUAGACCAAUAUUUUGUUUAAGCUUCAUAUCUUUCAUUUCUAACCAGUUUUAAUACUGGUUUUACAAGUUAGAUACUUGAACAUCUCUGACCUGGGCAGGUUUUCCCAAUGGCUGCUCUUCUACUUUAUUGAGUUAAUUUCUUUUCUUUUAAUUUCUUUUACUCCACAGCCCAGCAGUUAAUAAUGGGAGUUUUUCUAAGUAGGCCUAGCACACAAGAGCCCCCAUAAUGUAUUUGGGAUUUAAUUUUACAGAAUGGUGCAUCCUGUGUGCAGCAUUAAAUGUAUUGCCUGGUCUCCUAUUGAUACCACUGUGACUUAUUCCCUAAAUUUGACAUUAACCACGUGAGUGUGCAGUGUUCAGUGCCCUCCCCCUCCUUGCUCAGGCUCUAUUGUGUGGUUUUGGGAGCAGAAUUAUUUGAAUCUUUGAUGGCUUCUUUCCCUGUUGAAGCACAGUGUAAUGUGGUGCAGUUCUGCCCUCAGGGACACUUCAUGGCUGCAAUUCCAGCUGUUUGCUGAAGGGCAGACCUGCAGCUCUCUGGGCUCCCACCUGCUGCUGUGAGAGGGUUCCAGUUCCUCCCUGAGCCUUGUCCAGAGUCUCCAGGUUGCCUGUUCCAGUUCUGACAGAGCCAUUGUAUUUGUGGUGUUUUUU